CAGUCAACACCAAACAUCAUCCCUGAAACAACCGCUGUACUGCUCUUGGCCGUGACCCUUCCGUCUCACGGUUUAUCUUGAUUUGAGCAGCCAGGGAAUCUAAGCAAUAAACCUUACGACUGCACCCGAAUUGUCGCAGUAGAUUGAGACUACGCAGUUUCAAUCAAGUGUCCUUCCGCCAUGACCGCCGCCGUUGCUUCGGCGGCGCAAUCUCUCUCGUCCCUGCUCCGACAAACCUCUCUCGACGACCAUGAUGAGAUUUUGAAAGCCGCGAAUGGGGCCCUUAAAAAAUCAAAGACCGAUACCGGUGCGCAGCUCGUUAAAGUUGUCGCGCUGCUAAAGCUGGACCGCUAUGAUGAUGCGCUUCGAGUACUCGAGGAGGGUGGAGAUCAGUUGAAGAAACUGGCUCAGCUGGAGUAUGCGUAUGCAUUAUACAAGACUGGAGACCUUCAGAAGGCAGAAGAGGUUGCCAAAGAAGCCAAAGGUUUGAGCAGAGGGAUGACCCACGUUGAGGCGCAGGCUACAUAUCGGCUUGAGAAGUUUGCGCAGUCUUUAAGUCUGUAUCGCGAACUGGCGCAGCAACCUACAGAAGUUGAGAAUGAAGAGAAUGACUUGAAAAUCAACACCGGGGCUGCAGAUGCUCAAUUGGAGUGGGCAGGCUAUGGCGAUUUGGUGCACAAGAAGCGGCCAAGCCGGGAUGACUUGGAAGCGUUCGAGACGGCAUACAACGCUGCCUGUGGAAGCAUUGCAAGGGGAGAGCUGCAACAGGCCGAAUUUCUACUUCAAAGGGCAAAGGAUCUCUGCAAUGCAGCUGAGGAACUCUCGACCGAGGAUAAGGAAGCUGAAAUUGUCCCCAUCACAAUCCAACAAAUGUUUGUGCUCUCGAGGCUGGGCAAGACUGAGCAGGCUGAGAAGCUUGGCUCAGAGAUUAAUGCUGCCAACAUCUCUGAUCCCACCACCAAGAAGUUUGCACAGAACAAUAUUCUUGCUACUAAUCUCCCAGAGAAUCCUUUCCUCGCCCAAAGGCUUUUUAAUGAGACCCCGGAACUUCCUAAAAACGAUCUUCCUUUUAGUUUUCAAUCCGCCAUUCUCCGCCAAAACGGCUAUGCGUUGGACCUGCUGUCGAUGAAAUACCCCGGCGUUGCGCGAUCUACGGCGUCCUUCUUCGAAAACCAGCCCUGUCCGACCACGUCACCAAGCGUGAAUUCCGCAUCGGUUGUUCACGCGGCCGCUGCUGCUCAGAACCAGGUUGGCAAAGCGGGUCUGCAGGAAAUACUCCGUGUGCUUGAGAGACGUCCCAAUGAUGUCGGCCUCAUCCUCACGAUUAUCCAGCUCUACUUGCUCACAAAUAACCACGGCUCGGCCAUCUCAUUGCUCGAAUCCUUCUUCAAGCGCCUUGAAACCUCCACCUCCGAAGCCGACCAAGAUGUCCGCUUUGCGCCAGGGCUUGUUGGUCUUCUCGUCUCUCUCUACAGAGUGCAAGGCCGCAAGGCGCAUGUCCGGACAGAGUUCGCCAAGAGCGCAUCCUAUUGGCGACAAAAGUCUACUGCAAAAGCACCAGCAUCGCUUCUUCGCGCCGCAGGUGCUGCUCUCCUUGAGAGUUCCAAACCCGAGGACCUCACAUUGGCCGGUGAAAUUUUCGACGACCUUCUCGAAAGAGAACCCAAUGAUGCAUUUGCAGCGGCUGGCCGUGUGGCCGCUUAUUCUACAAUUCAGCCCGAAAAAGUCCAUUCCGAGGCUGCUAAGCUGCCAGCUGCUAACCGUCUCGUGCCCAGCAUGAUCGAUGCAGUGGAUCUCGAAGAAGGUGGUGUCCCUCGAGCUCCGGCCCCGCCUGUUGGCGCCGGCAAAAAGCGUCCAGCUGAUGAGACGAACAAGCCCGCUGUCAAGAAGCGGUUCCGCAAAUCCCGUCUCCCCAAGGACUAUGACCCAUCCAAAACCCCAGACCCCGAGCGCUGGCUGCCCCUACGGGACCGCUCGACGUAUAAACCCAAGGGCAAGAAGGGCAAGCAAAAGGCUGCCGCUCUCACACAGGGUGGUGUGGUCACUGACAAAGUGGCGGAUGCUGGUCUAGAGCCAGCCGGUGUAGAGGGCAAAGGCAAGUCUGGCGGGGGAGGCGCAUCGUCGAAUAAAUCGAAGAAGAAGAAGGGCAAGGGAAACAAAUGGUAGAGUGGAUAUAUGGAAAAG